GUCCAUAAAUUUUCCACUUCUCACUCUUUCCCCAUUCUCCAAUUCCAACCCUCUAAUUGGACACACCCAUAACAAGUCAAGAACCAAUGAGAGCCUUAUUUACUCCAAUACAGGCUCCAAGUCCUUUCAUCGCCAAAUCCCCAAUUUCUGGCGAUUUCUUCUUUCCUCUCUUCUGCCCCAAAUCCCCACUUUUUCUUCAUAAUUCAACGAACCCUUUUUACAAACUCAGACAAAUUGCAGUAAAACCCACAAAAAUGACAACUUCAUCAAUGGCAUCAACAACCGCAGAUAACUCACAGACCACUGAACCCUUUUCAGUGCUGUUUGUUUGCCUUGGCAACAUUUGUAGAAGUCCAGCUGCCGAAGGUGUUUUCAGGCACCUUGUUAAGGAAAGAGGCCUUGAUUCCAAGUUCUACAUUGACUCGGCUGGUACCAUCAAUUAUCACGAGGGUGGUCCAGCGGAUCCAAGAAUGAGGGCAGCCUCAAAAAGGCGUGGGGUUGAGAUAACUUCUAUAUCAAGGCCGUUAAGGCCAUCUGAUUUCAGGGAUUUUGAUCUUAUUCUUGCAAUGGACAAGCAAAACAAAGAGGAUAUACUUGAGUCAUUUGAAAGGUGGAGGCACAGAGAGACAUUGCCGGCUGAUGCAGAUAAGAAGGUCCGGUUAAUGUGUUCUUAUUGCAAGAAGCAUGACGAAACUGAAGUACCUGACCCCUACUAUGGUGGGCCGCAAGGUUUUGAAAAGGUUUUGGAUUUGCUCGAAGAUGCUUGUGAGUCGCUACUUGAAAGUAUUAUAGCUGAAACUGAGAAUAGGCGUGUUUCAGAUUCUUAGUUGCAAGCUGAGUCCCCGAGAUUCUUUUGCUGCAAGCUCAUUAAUCCGAUUUAAUAUCCCGUGGGUAAACCAAUUAUUCUACUGAACAUAAAUCCAUUUAAGUAUUCCAAAAAUGCGUGCAUUUUCAAUUAAUAAGAUCGUAGUUUACUAUAUCCUACCUCACACUGAUUUUGUGGUAGUCUGUAAUGAAUAUACAUUCUAUAUGUACAAAGAAUGUAAUCUUUCUUGUUGAAAUUCAUACAGAAUUUCCAAUAAUGACCAUGAUUAA